GGAUCUCUUGUAACUGUCCUUCCAGAAGAGACCAGCACCAUAGAAAUCGACCCAGUCAAAGAAAGUUCGUCCAACAACCUCGACAAAGGAAAAACUCCUGAAAUUAUUGCCUCAACUCCCACAGCCUCUGAAACUGCUGUGCCCAAACUGAUAAUUAGUGUUGAUGAGUCUUUUGACGCGUCAGAAAAUACCUUAGAUAUUACAACAAUCGGCUUUGAUGCUUCUUCAACCCAA